AUGAACCUGUCAUUUACCAAUUUAACAGUCAUAAGCCAUCGAGACUCCUUCGACAAAGCCGUGACCAAAAAUGUGGUUGUUGUGGCUCUCUGCAUCUCCAUCAACUACAUCAACGUCAACCUCAUUCACACCUUUCGCAGGCAUCAGAUCUUCUACAUGAAUCCUCGCUACAUCCUUUUCAUUCACCUAGUGGUCAACGAUAUGAUCCAACUGACCAUGACCAUCCUGCUGUUCCUCAUCAGCUACACUCUCCACACAAUAACUGCUUCCCUGUGUGGCAUCCUCGUCCUGCUUGCUGUUUGCACUACUGAAAACACACCGCUGAACCUGGCCUGCAUGGCAGUAGAGUGCUACAUUGCUGUUUCCUUCCCCCUCCGUCACACACAGAUCUGUACAGUCAAAAAAACGCACAUACUGAUCGGUCUAAUCUGGGUGAUGACCAUAUUGUCCGUCCUGCCCGAUCUCCUCUUCACCCUAGCCACAGAACCCCUGGACUUUUUUCACACCCGAGUCUUCUGCCUCACGGAAACCGCCUUUCCGAAUCCCAGUAUUCAUAAGAAGAGGAAUAUCAGUUAUAUAAUACUUCUAGUCAUAGUUUGGCUCAGUAUCCUUUGCACAUAUGCCAAGAUCCUGUUCACUGCCAAGGGCGCUUCCAAAGAUGCUAAGAAGGCCAGGAACACUAUCCUCCUCCAUGGGUUUCAGCUGCUGUUGUGUAUGGCUACAUAUGUAGACCCCCUGAUUAAAAGUGCUCUGAAGUACUGGUUCCCUGAACAUCAUGCAGAUUCCCUCUUUGCUUGCUAUAUUACAAUAAUCAUCCUGCCACGAUCCAUUAGUCCAAUCAUCUAUGGCCUAAGAGACAAGACUCUCCGGAGAUACUUGAAAAAGUAUCUGCUGUGUACACGGCCCGCUCUGGCCGGGAGGGUGAGCACCGUGACCGUGGACCGCCGACGGAGCCACGCCACGCAUGUGAUUACGGAACUGCUAGACUGCCUGGACGGAGCCACGCCACGCUCACGGUUAGACUGCGGCAGCCGGCUGGAGGACUGA